AUGUCAUCAUGCCUUCCGAAGGGAAGGUGUGACGUCAUCGCGUGUCGCGAGGUUUCCUUCCAAGCUUCGGAAGGGAGACUUCCGAAGGGAGACUUCCGAAGGGAAGUUGUGAUGUCACCAUGCCUUCCGAAGGGAAGGUGUGACGUCAUCGCGAGUCGCGAGUUCCUUCCAAGCUUCGGAAGGGAGCCUUCCGAAAGGAAGUUGUGA